GCCAGUUUUGAUUCCCUAGAAAAUUCGUCUUUUUGUUUUUGGCUGGAAGAAGUUUUGGAGGGACGAAAACCAACCAAAAUAAUUGGCCACUAUGGAAGAACCAGUUCUCUCUCGACUAGACCGCCUGGACAACAUUCUGAAACAAUUGGAGGAAAUCAGAGGAUCAGGUUACCAUUCCCCCAAGAGUUCUACUGCAUCAACGCCCUCAAGCGGGACUUUGACAAGUGAAGACUUUUCUCCAAGAAGCUUGGAGAAGCAUUGUCGCCCUAUUGAGGAUGUAAUAUUGGAAAUUGGGAUCAAAGGCACCCUUUUUGAAAGGAUAGUCCAUGUGGAAGAUCGUUUAUUAAAGUUAUGUCUGCAGUUAGAAGAGGAAGAAGAAGUAGAGACUGAGAAGAAGAAGAAGAAAGAAGGGAUUUCAUCUGCAGAGAAGUCUUCCCCAAGAAAAGGUCUAAAACAAUUAGUCAAAUCGUGCGUGAAAGGGAAAGGAAGCCAUAAAAGCAGACAAUGACUUCAAGGCUGUUUGUUGAUUUUGCUCACUUUUGGUUCCCAUUUGAAAGUUUUGUAAAUGUAAAGAAAUGGCCUAAUAAUAAUGUUUUCCCUAAGAACCCUGCUUAUUAUUGAUAAUUAUAACUUUUGUUGUACUAAUGAAUGUUGAAGCUGUUAGUUGGGAGUUUGGGUGUUUACUGGUUGGUUGCAAAAUUGAUGUGUGUCUAGAUUGACUCA